AUGGACGGUCAUGGAGGUACCGUGACGUCGACCUCGUCCCAGUGGAGCGGAUCGGACGGCUCUGAUCUGCCCCCGAGGGACGUUAGAUGCUCGCGAGGCCCGAGACGGCGAGGAUGGCGGAGAUUGACGGCCAUUCUCAUUGGGACCCAGCAUGAGGAGGAGGAUGAGCGGGGAGUUGAGGGGAGCUUGGGGAGAGAACGUGGGGAGGAGCACGAGGGAAGGGGGAACGAGGAGGGUGGUUCCGACGCGCAGAACCGCGGAGGCGGAGGGUUACCUUUGGACGAGCGUGACUAUAGCGGUGCUGAUUCCGCGGCUCUGAAUGAUUCGCACAGUAGAGAGUCACAAGGGUUCUGGCACUCGGCACAUAGCCAUUUACAUGGCGCGUCCCCAUUGGACCAGGUCGUGGUGGACACGUCAGCAGCACCCUCCGUGUCAUUUAGCGACGCACUCAUGAAAGAAGUCCUUCCCAGAAGCUUUCCCGAUGGGAGUGAGGGGGAGGGGGAGCUGUGGAGGAAAGGAGACGGCCUGAGAAAGGGUUUUAGAAGGGUGGGUCGGCGGCUUAUUCGGGCUGUGAAGAAGCGACCUGUGCUCAUGAGACGGCUAGCAGCUGUGAUACUCAUUUACAUCCUCCUUGCAGCCUGCAUGUUCCUCUCAUGGGCGCUCAUGCGCUCCUAUGCCACGUCAGCCCUCGCCCACGUGGGCCGCAGCACGCGGGCGCAACUGGUGCAGGGCGCAUCUGCAGGGAUGGGCGCAGCCCUUGCCAGUUUACCCUCCUCAACAGCACCUACACUUGAAGGAACCUUCAUUUCCUUCUCAGGAACCUUCCCUGGAGAAGACUCAUCGGGACACUUGCACACACACAUGCUCCUCGCUAGAAUCACCAAUAACACUCUUCUCUACACCGUCACUCCUUCACAACCCACCGACCCCAGCCUAUCCGACACUGCCAAGUCAGCCAGCCCUGUCGCAUCCGCUGCAGCACAGUACCUCGCUUCCGCAGUCCCCCCCUUUCAGCUCCUCUCCGCCUGCUUCUUCUCCCCUGACCAUGUCCCCCUGGGAAAUCCCUCAAACCCUAAUAACCUUGGGAACUCCGCAGCCCUGGGAAGCCUGGGGUUUAGUGGGGCCGCCAAUACUACCGCCGAGACUACCGCCCAAACCACCACCGGCGGUACCGAGCAGCAAUACUAUGUAGACGCAUGCCCUGUCAGUGUCAACGCCUCCGCCUCUAGCCUACAGGGGCUGGUUCAGCAGCAGCAGCAGCAGCAGCAGCAGCAGGGUGAUGGUAUGGUGGUGAUCUCCAUAGUGCCGUUGGCUCUUAUCCUCGCUCCUUUGGAUUCCGGCAGCGACACUGUCAGGGCGCUCUGCAUCGCCCUGCCACUGGUCGUCCUCGUUGUAGGCUUGCUGCUCGUCUGUGUGAACAGAUCCACGGACUUGGCUCAAUCCGGCCAAACGCUGCGACAGGAGCUGGUACGGCAACUGGUGGAGAAGCACAGGGUGGAGCAGCGCAGCAACCACAAGAGCCAGUUCCUCGCCAACAUGAGCCAUGAGCUGCGCACGCCCCUAGCAAGCAUCAUCGGGCUGCUGGACCUGCUGGUGUGCGAAAGCACUCUGGUUCUCCACGAGCUGCGCACGCCACCAGCAAGCAUCUUCGGGCUGCUGGACCUGCCGAAAUGCGACAGUACUCCUGUUCUGAACUUCAAGAUUUCAGGAGGCCAUGGUGCUGCAGAUCAAGCGCUCUUCUUCUCCCCUCCUCUCCUCCCCCAACACAGCCACGAGCUGCGCACCCCCCUGGCGGGCAUCAUAGGGCUGUUGGACCUGCUGGCGUGCGACGCGCUCUCCCCCGAGCAGGAGGCCAUGGUGCUGCAGAUCAAACGCUGUGCCUCGGGGCUGCUCGCCCUCAUCAACAACGUCCUCGAUAUUUCCAAGGUGGAGGUGGGAGCGUUGGAGCUCACUAUAGCGCCCUUCAGUAUAGUCACGGAGAUGGAAACACUACUGGACAUGUUUGCAGUGCACUGCAUCGGCAGCGGGGUGGACCUCUCAAUGGACCUAGCCGACGACCUCCCCGACAUGGUGCUGGGGGAUGCAAUGCGGUUCCGCCAGGUGCUCAGCAACCUGCUGUCCAACAGCGUCAAGUUCACGGAGCAAGGGUACAUUCACGUGCGCGCGUGGGUCGUGCACACCCCCAACACUAUCGCCAUGGUGAGGGAGGUCGUGAGAGGUCUGUGUGUGGGAGGGGUGGCGGAUACGGCUGCUGAAUCGGACGCAGAGGGGAGUGAGCUGGUGGAUAUAGUGAUUGAGGUGGGAGUAGGCGAGGGAGUGGGGAGGGAUGCGAGGGUGGAUCAUGGCGGACAAACGGGUGGGAUGGUAGGCAGAGGGAUGGAAUCAGGGUCAGCUGGGGCAGGUGUAGCUGAGGACAGCGCAAGUGCAGGCGCAGGGGAGGACACACCGGGAGAGGGCCUGUCUGGGGAAGGUACAUCUGAGGAGGUUCCACCUGGGGAAGGCCUGCCUGUAGGGGAGCGGCCAUCAGGCGAGCCUGCCCCGGACGACCGAGUGCUGAUAAUAUUUGAGGUGGACGACACGGGGUGUGGUAUACCACCGGAGAAGCGCGAGGUGGUGUUUGAGAGCUUCUCCCAGGUGGACGAGUCGGCCUCGCGCGUGCAUGCGGGGUCGGGGCUGGGGCUGAACAUAGUGAAGGGUCUCGUGGAGCUCAUGGGGGGUCACGUGGCUGUGGCUGAUAAGGACGGUCCUGGUGCUCUUAUCAGAUUUUCCCUCAUGCUGUCCCGCGUGCCCUCUCCUGUUGGUGCUGAUGGUCCUGGUGAUCGUGAUGGUGGUGCUCGCAUGGACGACCCAGACCUAUUGGCAUCGUUCAUUCCAAGGUGUGCGCGCCCGUUGAGCUCUUGGGUGACACAUACGCAGGUGCACUCCUGCGCCAAGUCUCUCCAUGGACCAAAAUAA